CCAAUUUCUUCGUUGUUGAACAUCUCUCCCGUUUCUGCGCUAUAACUCAGCGACCACUUCACGCAACCUUCACCGUCGACCCAACCCCCGGAUGAAUUCCAUCAAAUUCUGCUUUUAGUAAACCCUAACUUCCAUGUUUUAUACUCGAUUUUUCUUUUCGCUCUUGAUGUAUCCAAUUUACUUUCUGUUUUUGGUUUUAAUUAUUUGUGAUCGUGAUUCUAUUCGUUCAUGCCCUUGUUUUUGAUCUUCCGUUUCUUUUGUUUUUGUUCUUGUUGAAUUGUUUGAUGCCCUUGGUAAUUUGGGUUUCACUUUGCUGGUUUGAUGGAUUUGUUGAUUCGGGUUAGGGUUUGUUGUGGAUUUAGGGAUCUGAACAUCUGGAUGUGAUUUGGGCUUUUCUACUUUUGAUUUUCGAGUUUGUGUAAUUUUUCAUCGGGAUGGGAAUUAGAUGGUUAUAUGAUUAAAAUUUAAGGUAUCAGAAUGAAAAUCUAUAUCGGCUAAUUUUCCUUAUGCUGCCUAAAAUUGAGCCUUGUUUUGGUUUCACCUAUCAUUUUGGCAGCAAGUGUUGAGGCUUUGAACUUGGAUUUUUUUAAUGAAACAUUUGUCAUUUUGCGGAAUUGGGUAGGUGGUCUAGCAUUUGUAAAUAUUUGGCCUAGCAGUUGUCAUGCAUUUUAAUGGGAAAGGGGGUUUAAUGGUUACUUGCAGCGAUAAUCAGAUGGUUGAUGUUACAGUAGUCGCCCCUCUUUUCUUUUUUAAAAUUGUACAGAACUCACAUAGUGGGUUUUGUUGCUUUUGCAUAUCUGACCAUUUUUUCCUUUGGUCUUUUUUUUCUUCUCCUGAUGGAGUGGGGAUGUUAAAGGGGGUUGCCUUUGGAAUCGGUAAGAUAAGAAAUUUCCUUUUAUAGGAGAUUUUAUCGGUUUGCAUAUAUCCUUUACCCUUUUGGGAGGGAAGCUGUAUUUUAGGUUUUGCACGUUUCUUCUUCCAUUGUUGCUUAUUUUGGGUUUGUUAUUGUCAACAUUUCGUUGGUAGGGGUUGGUAUUAGAAAUAAUUAUGAUUAGGAUUUGUGUGUAAACAUAUUUGUAUGUUUGAUUUGAAUAUUCAAGUUUGGCCCUUGCUAUUUUGUUAAAUGGGUGUCUUUAUAAUGGAAAUAACAAUGGUUCUUGAAAUAGUAAUAUUACUUUUUUAAUUGUUUUUUCCUUUCAAAAUUGAGAUCUUGUAUUUAUAACCAUCAAAUUUCUUUUACGCGGCAUAACUGCAGGUCAAGGACUUGUACAGACCUUGGCGUCUUGGAGAAGUUGCUAAUAGUUUUAGUCAAGGGUGUAUUCCACCAAUUACUACUACAGUUACAGUUCUUUGCUUUCAAUUUGUAGACCUGUGAUUUUGCUUUAAUAAAGCCAGAGUAAGCAUUCUGUAGAUUUGAAUUGGUAUCACAAAUAGAGAUUGAGAAGCCUCCUGUAGGAAAUAUAUAAGAGCUGCUUCUCUUGUGACUUACCUAGUGUUCAAGAUGGCUGGUGUGAAACGAAGAAUUCAUAAUGAUUCAGAUAUCCUUGCUUUGCAUAAAGAAUUGGAUGAAGUCUCCUGCCCUAUCUGCAUGGAUCACCCACAUAAUGCUGUUCUUCUACUUUGCAGCUCUCACCAUAAGGGUUGCAAACCUUAUAUAUGUGACACAAGCCAUAGGCAUUCAAAUUGUUUUGAUCAAUUCAAAAAAUUAAGAGAAGAAACUAGGAAGAGUCCACGCUUAUCAAGUCCUUUACCUAUAAAUCCAUAUAGUUUUAGUAGUCCUCCUACAAACAACUUGGGUUUGAGUAUUGAUUUGAAUGAAGUUGAUGAUAAUCAAAAUAUUAAUGAAAGGAACGCUGUCGCAUCUGCUGGAUUACCUGGUGUAGCGUUAGGGGAUAAUGGAACUGAAAAUUCUAAUAGAACUGUAGACACAAAUGAAGCUGGAGAUUUGGACACUGCUGGUUCUGGGCCCAUAACUGAAAGGGUUGAGCAAGAAGGUUUGGAUGCUGGGAACUCAUCUGAGUACUCAAACUUGAAGUGCCCCAUGUGCCGAGGAGCUGUGCUAGGCUUGGAAGUUAUAGAAGAAGUAAGAGAAUAUCUUAAUCUCAAGAAACGAAGUUGCUCCCGUGAAACCUGCUCAUUUUCUGGCAACUACCAAGAACUACGCAGGCAUGCUAGAAGAGUCCACCCGACGACAAGGCCUUCUGUCACAGACCCAUCUAGAGAACGAGCAUGGCGACGCUUGGAGAGACAGAGAGAAGUUGGUGAUGUUGUUAGUGCCAUUCGCUCAGCGAUGCCUGGUGCUCUUGUGGUGGGAGACUACGUUAUUGAAAAUGGAGAUGGUAUGGUGGCAGGUGAAAGAGACAAUGGCACAGGUGAUGUCAAUGGGCCAUUGCUGACUAGUUUCUUUCUGUUUCAUAUGUUUGGAUCGGUUGAUGGUGCUCGAGAGCCAAGGCCACGUUCGAGGUCUUGGGUUAGACAUCGACGCUCUGGAGGAGGAACACCUGUACCAGAGCGCCGGUUUCUUUGGGGUGAAAACCUUUUGGGAUUACAAGAAGAUGCAGAAGAAGAUUUCCGCAUAUACAUCGGAAUGAGUGAAGAUUCAUCACCACCUACAAGAAGGAGACGCGUAACAAGGCCUGGAUCUGAUGCAGAUCAACCAUGAGAGAAUUCCUCUUCUGUGGUAAACAUCUAUGCCCUUGAGGUGAGGGAGAUUUGAUCCAAAUGAAUGGAGUGUGUUUUGUUUCGUGUCGGUCUCGAUCCCUAAAAAGGUUAAUUCUUAACCCCACAGGCGGGCAUCCCAGUGGGGUCAUCUGGAACAUCAAGAAAUUAGUGCUUCCAAAUUCUCGAGGGUUCAGUUGGCCAUCGUCUUGAUGCAAAAAACACAGCCAAGCAUGCUUGGCUCACACAAGAAGCAAGGAUAGGGAGGACCCGAUGAGAUGAAUAAGUGUCAUCUUUUCCGAAGUUAUCAGAUGGAAUCAUAAUCCUUUUGGUUUAUUUUAUUCGAAUUUAAGUUUUAUAUGAUUGUCUCUUGCUAAUCUUUGUAUAUAAUGGGAUGAUGAUUUCAUUUGUUUAAUUUGGUGUGAUGGUGGUUUUAUUUAUAUAAUCUGUCAAGUAAAUAGGCUUAUAUUUAUUUAUGGUUACCGAAUCUUCUGAAUGUAUGCUUCGAAGAUUGCAUUAUUAUUUAUAAGCCCAUGUUUAUUGUGA